AUGGCGUUCGAGUUCCCCCCGCCCAGUUUGCUGGCCAAGCUGCUGCGGGCGCGGUUGCUGGGCACCCCGAAGGAGGCGCUGCCGAUGGCGCUGCCGUUCUUGACCCUGAUCGAGGACUCGGCGGCGCUGACCCCCUCGUUCAUCGACCCCAUCAACGACCUGCCGGUCGACUUCGCCGUCCCCAUGGCGCACAAACGCAAUCUGUCGGCGUUGACGCUGAUGUUGUAUUCGUUUGUCGAAGAGUAG